UCCUCUGCUCAGGAAUAGUCAGCUUUGGGGGGAAAAGGUUCGGUCCCAGACACAGUUGGGGCGGGAGUGAGCUGGAGGCGGAGCUUGAUGAUCAAAGCCAUUUCCCUGCUCUGUCUGUCACUCAGUUUCCUCUCCGGACCCGCCCCCCACUCUCUGUCAGCCCUUUCUCAGUCAGGUCCGGCCGGGCUGUAUAAAAAAGGAAGGGGAGGAAGCUCGGCUCUCAUUCGGCAGCGAUUGGAGUGAAGAAGCGUGAUGUCUGGAAGAGGCAAAGGAGGCAAAGGCCUGGGAAAAGGCGGAGCGAAGCGGCACCGCAAAGUGCUCCGUGAUAACAUCCAGGGCAUCACCAAACCAGCCAUUCGGCGCCUGGCUCGCCGUGGCGGGGUCAAGCGCAUCUCGGGCUUGAUCUACGAGGAGACCCGCGGGGUGCUGAAGGUUUUCCUGGAGAAUGUGAUCAGGGAUGCGGUUACCUACACUGAACACGCCAAGCGCAAGACGGUCACCGCCAUGGAUGUGGUGUACGCUCUGAAACGCCAGGGCCGCACUCUCUAUGGAUUCGGCGGCUGAGCAUAAAACGACCCUUUUCGAACGAACCCAAAGGCUCUUUUCAGAGCCA